CAGGAAGCGGAAGCCGGCGGUGGUGACGUGGGCGGCGGAGCGGCGGGGCCGCGAUGGAGGGGCUCUACCACCAGACCAACAAGCAAGUCCACGAGGUCCAAUCUUACAUGGGGCACCUGGAGACUUCAGACAGAGAGUCAGUGCACUUAGUAGAAAAUGAGAUUCAGGCAAGAAUAGACAAUAUCUUCAGCAACUUGGAGCGCCUGGAAAUCCUGUCCAGCAAAGAACCUCCCAAUAAGCGCCAGAACGCUAAGCUCCGAGUCGACCAGCUGAAGUACGACGUUCAGCACCUGCAGACGGCCCUGAGGAACUUCCAGCACCGCCGCUACGUUCGGGAGCAGCAGGAGCGGCAGCGGGAGGAGCUGCUGGCACGGACCUUCACAGCUAAUGACUCUGACACCACCAUCCCGAUCGACGAAACCUUACAGUAUAACGAAUCCCUCCAGAAUGCCCAUCGUGGCAUGGAUGAUCUUAUUGGCAGUGGGACCAACAUCCUGCAGGGGCUGAGGGACCAGAGAGUGACAUUAAAGGGUACUCACAAGAAGAUCCUGGAUGUUGCCAACAUGCUGGGCUUAUCCAACACGGUGAUGCGGCUGAUCGAGAAGAGAGCCUUCCAGGAUAAAUACUUCAUGAUGGGGGGAAUGGUUGUGACUUGUGUCAUUAUGUUUCUCGUCGUGCAGUAUCUGACAUGAGCUCCUGAACUAUCGCCAGAGCAGAUGGUCUUUUGGAGCAAGAUGGACUGUCCUCCAGAGUGUACUUUCCUCCAAGUGCUGCUUUGGAUAAGCCCCUCCUGUGAACUUCAGAGUUUACAAACCAGACUCACACACAUGUCAUGUGGAGAGCACGUGAAACAGGGAAAUAGGGGAACAGAUUUCUCUGGGGACGCUGUAGUUGAGAAUGGCCCAUGUAAAAAACAUCCCUGUUCUUUACUGCUUCCACCUCAUGGUCUGCAAAGUUGAAGAGCCUGCUGCAAGUUGAAGAAGCUGGUUAAAUAGGAGGCUGGAGUGAAAAUUUUGCCCAGCUGCAUUGCAAGGUAGGAGUGUCCUUCUGAGUAGGUAGGGAGCAGAGGAUGCCAGGGCAGAGCAUAAGAUGCAGUAAGCCUUUCCCUGAGCACUGUAGCUUGCAGCGAAAGAAUGUCCCAAGGAGAACUUGGCAUUGUUUGUGGGCACAGGAGGUGGUGUGCAAAAAGGGGUGGGGAGUGAAGGGCUCCUGUCACAAACUCACUCUGAUGCUUGGAGGGAGGAGGAAUUGUGGGGAAGGGUCUGAAGGCACAUUGAGAACCUCAGCUGACUUUUUGGUUUACACACACAGUAUUAACCAGCACAAUCUGCACGGUUUAGGCUGAAAUCCUUCCUCCAAGGUACGUUCUGGUACUUUUUUAUGCCCUGCUGCUUCUCAGUGGAAGCUGAUGCUGUACUCCUGCCUGCUCCCAGUCACACGCACGUCGGGCCUGUGCCAUCACUCUGGGCAGCACCAAAUCCAGCCUCUAAAAACUGUAAGACUGUGACUUUUUUAAUACUCGUGCACAUCCCAUCCUGGUGAGCUGUAUUCAUUUCCUGAGGGGGUUGGUUGGGGGUUUGUGCUCUGUCGCUGGUGUUUUCUGGAUUGACGAAGCAGGAGAGUCCUGGCUGUGCUCACAUUCACGUCUGAGAGUCUCACAGUCACAGUGAGCUCUCUCUGCUCUUCUGUGUGUUGAGAGUUAACGGUGGGAUCAGCAACAGACAUCACACAUGAAGUCAGAUGUUGUCAGAAGGGUUUCCUGAACUUAUGUGCGUUGGGGUGCUAAACAUUCCCCGUCCUUGGGAAGGGUGUUCUUGGUGUUACCCUUUGUACCUGCGAGAUUCCUGUGAAGGACAUUUGCCCUCAUCCCAUCUCACAGGUGGUGGCCAGCUGAGGUGCAUCUCCUUGGUUGAAGACAUCUGUCCAUGUUUAAACGUUCCCAGUGAGACCUGUCUUGUUGUUUGAUGUGGCCCUCCUUUCCCUGCACUUGGGGGGCUCAGAGUGUCCAGCCUGAGAUUUUGGGCAUCAUCCAUUUCAGUUAGCCUUCAGCCACAUUCCCAUCCCCGUUGUGUCUGUGUCAGGAGUGUUUCUGGCUGUCUGGCAGUGGCACAGAAGACUCACGUUCAGACUCUGGCACAAUGCUGCUUCUGGGUUUUUUUUUUCUGUCUGGAGUGGUUUUGGGUCUCUUAGUGAGUAACAGAUGGCAAGUCCUGCAUUUGAUCUUUGCUGCAAUAAGCUUUGCUCUCAUUGUGUAGCCUGUUGUGCACUUGGAGAAAUGGUAUUUGAAGCUGUAAAAAAUGAAUUCCAGUUGCUGUGGGCGAGUGAAAGCAGCUGUAGCCCUGUGUGUUUGCAGGGGCACAGCAUCGAAGCCCAGAGGGAAGACCCCAGUGCCGUCAGCUGAGGAUGGUCCUUGGGGGGCUGCAGUGGCCGUGGGGCCAUUGGGUGCUGCUGCUUUGCCCAGCCUGCCCAAGGCAACGCGUCAGCAGACCAAGGCCAGGGGUGGUUUCAUUUGAGCCCAUGGGUUUGGGGAAUUGAAAGGGGGAAUCUGCAGUGGCAGAUCAUCUAUGUUACAGUACUUUAAAUCUUACAUGUAAGUGUACCUGACGUUUAUUUCAGUAUGAAAUGCGACAGACACGGCAUUCUGUGCACUUUUGAGGUCAUGUACGGGAUCAGUUGGGCACCUUGUCAGGGAUCUCUAGCAAAUCUUUUUCUGUUCUGGUAGCUGGUCGUUCCCUCUUGAUUUUACAACUUAAGUGUUUAAAGGAUGUCAUUGGUCGGGGUUUAAAGUAUAUGCAGCUGUGACACAGCGUGGCAGGAUUUGUGUUAUGCCAAGGUGGGACUCUUGCCCAUUUGUUUCCUUCUUUGGCUCAUGGUAGGAGGCAUAAAAUAAUUAGAACUGGAUUUUUUGGUGUGGUUUUGAGCCCUUUUGGACUCUCCUCGUUCUUGUGCCGGCUCAUUUUCCUUUCAUAAGCUAAGUGUCAUUGCCAUUCACUGUGUCUAAAGGGGAGAUGUGGGGCUUGAAGGAACCACUUGGGUAGCUGGAUUUGAUGAUGUGCAACUUCAGACAAGUCUUUACUAUGCGUUAAGUCCAAUAUGACUCACAAGAGUAUUGGUGCCAUCUCAGUGUACAACCCUGGAAGCCUUUGUUGCUGCAGCGUGCCACAGAAGCAGCAUAGUGCUGCUCGCGUGAAAUGGGACAGAGAUGAAGCCUGAGUGGCUUUUCCAUGUGCUGCAGCUCUCUGUGGAGUUCCCUUUCUCACUGAAGACUCCAUCUCCUUCACCAGAGCUGUUCUGCUUCUGUGACACAGUGAGCACUGCCGCUGUUGAUGAGCUCCUCUCUCGGGAGAGGGCAUAAACUUCCCUCUGUAGAUAUAAACUUCCCUCUGGAGCGUCUUACCAUAUAUAAAGGGGCACAUGUGAUUCCUGUGAUGCAUUACGUGAAUAAAGGUUUUUCAGCUGAAA